CCUACGACUGCGAUGACGAGCCAUCACAACAGCCAAUCAUAUGAGAGAAGCGAAGAUGGCGGAAUCGGAGAUGAGCGUCAGAAGCUGUCGAGAAUUAUGGACCAUACUGCUGGGGAGGUCUGCACUGAGAGAGCCGGCUCAGAUAGAUGCAGAACUUGACAAUAAUUGGGACAGACUGCAUCAAGGUCUCAGUUACUACAAACCACCCAGCUCAUCCUCUGCUGGGAAAGUGAAGGAGAACAAAGAUGUUGCACAACCGCUGAAGGACUUUGGUCUGAGGAUCAGUAAACUUUUGAACCUUGAUGAGCAGCAGAGUGUGCAGCUUUUACAGUGCUACCUACAAGAGGACUACAGAGGCACUCGUGAUUCUUUAAAGGUUGUUCUCAAGGAUGAGCGCCAAAGCCAGGCUCUACUGCUAAAGAUCGCCGACUAUUACUAUGAGGAGCGCAUGUGUCUGCUCAGAUGCGUCCUCCUCCUGCUGACAUACUUUCAGGAUGAGCGGCAUCCCUACAGAGCUGAGUACAGUAAUUGUGUGAAUAAGCUGGAGAAGGACCUGGUGAGCAAAUACCAGUCGCAGUUUGAAAAUCUCUUCAAGGCAGAAGCACCAACAUGGGAAACCCACGGAAACCUCAUGACGGAGAGACAGGUGUCUCGAUGGUUCCUACAGUGUCUGCGAGAACAGUCUCUGCUGCUGGAGAUCAUCUUUCUGUAUUAUGCUUAUUUUGAGAUGAGCCCGUCUGACCUGUUGAGUUUCACCAAAAUGUUCAAAGAACAAGGCUUCGGUUUGCGGCAGACCAACAGACACCUUGUAGACAAGAGCAUGGAUGCGCUGGUCGACCGGAUCGGAUACUUGAGCUCUCUCAUUCUGGUUGAAGGAAUGGACAUCGACUUCCUGCACAAGUGUGCUCUGGAGGAUUGCACAGAACAGCACCAGUUCUCUAGUGCUCCUGAUGUCAUUAAGGAGAUGGAUCACCUGCUACUGACAUUUGGUGACAUCCCUCAUCAUGGUCCAGUGCUGUUGGCCUGGGUCCUGCUGAGACACACUCUGAGACCAGACGAGUCCAGCCCCGUAAUCAGAAGGAUAGGCAACACCGCCCUGCAGCUGGAGGUGUUCAAGUACCUGUCAACCAUGCUGAAAGGUCUUGGAGCCUCGGGGAAUAAUUGUACAGCAAGCACAGCAAAAAUGUGUGUCUACGGCCUCCUCUCAUUUGUGAUCACUUCUUUUGAAGAAGAAAGCCUGCAGUCUGAUGGAGUGGCGACGCAGUGCUCCCACCUAAUUGAUGCUGCCUGUGAGGUCCUCUCUGCUCCCAGUCUGGCUGAAGUCUUUUGGGAAAUGAAGCCAAACAUGGGACUGGGAAUGAUCCUGGACAGUGCAGUUGGGAUGUUCCCUCAUAAGAUUGGACCUCUGCUGCAGCUCCUAACUGCACUUCUGUCAAACAAGUCGACGGUCAAAAAGGUCUACAACUUCUUGGAUAAGAUGUCCUUCUACACACAAGUUUACAAACACAAGCCCAAUGACAUCAUCUCCAAGGAUGACGAGACGCUGUGGAGGAGACAAACUCCAAAACUUCUCUACCCUCUCGGCGCAGGGCAGACUAACCUGUGGAUGCCUCAGGGUGUGCUGGGUCAGGUGAUGAUCGGAGGCGAGCAGGGCUACGUGGUGCGCUGGGACUACUCCUACAGCUCCUGGACUCUCUUCACCUGUGAGGUGGAGAUGCUGCUCCACGUGGUUUCAACCGCAGAUGUCAUCGCUCACUGUGCACGUGUGAAGCCCAUCCUGGAUCUGGUCCAUAAGAUCAUAAGCACAGACUGGACUGUGUCGGAUUGUCUGUUACCUCUAACUUCACGCAUCUACAUGUUGCUGCAGAGGUUAACGUCAGUCAUCAACCCUCCAGUAGACGUGAUUGCCUCCUGUGUGAACUGCCUCUCUGUACUGGCUGCAAGGAUGCCGGGGAAGGUGUGGUCCAGUCUGCACCACACUGGUUUCCUCCCCUUUGCCUCCAACCCUUUGACCAGCAUGGCUCAGUGUGUGAGUGCGGAGGGGAUGAAGGCAGGUAACUAUGGCAACCUGCUGGUCCAGAUCGAGCAGCCCAGGGGGGAAUAUGCUGUGACCAUCGCUUUCCUUCGUCUCAUUACAACCCUGGUUAAGGGUCAGCUUGGCAGCACUCAGAACAAAGGUCUGAUCCCCUGUGUGCUGCUGGUGUUAAAGGAAAUGCUGCCAACAUACCAUAAGUGGCGCUACAACACAUAUGGAGUCAGAGAGAGGAUAGGUUGUCUUAUUUUGGAGCUGAUCCAUGCUAUUCUCAAUCUGAGCCCAGAGGGAGAAGACCAGGGGAGCACUCCCACCCUGCAGUCUCUGUGCAUCUACAGCCUGGCAAACACAGAAGCUGGACAGGCAGUCGUCAAUAUCAUGGGAGUUGGAGUGGACACCAUAGAUGUGGUCUUGGCUGCACAGCCCAGCAGCUGUGGCUCUGAGGGUCCCGGUCAGAUCCUGAUCCAGACAGUAAAACUGGCCUUUUCUGUCACAAACAACGUCAUCCGAUUGAAGCCGCCAUCUGAUGCUGUGUCCCCUCUGGAGCAGGCGCUGACUCAACACGGUGGUCACGGCAACAACCUCAUAGUCGUCCUGGCCAAAUAUAUUUACCAUAAACAUGAUCCAGCUCUCCCUCGUCUCGCAAUCCAGCUGCUCAAAAGACUCGCCACGGUGGCGCCAAUGUCCGUCUACGCUUGCCUUGGUAGCGAUGCAGCAGCCAUCCGGGAUGCGUUUCUCACUCGGUUGCAGAGCAAGACAGAAGACAUGAGGAUCAAGGUCAUGAUCCUUGAGUUCCUUACCGUUGCUGUGGAAACGCAGCCUGGCCUCAUUGAACUCUUUCUGAACCUGGAAGUUAAAGAUGGAAAUGAGGGGUCAAAGGAGUUUCUUCUGGGAGAGUGGAGCUGUCUUCAUGUGGUGUUGGACCUGAUUGACUCCAAACAGCAGGGGAAGUAUUGGUGUCCUCCGCUGCUGCACCGAGCAGCCCUGGCCUUCCUCCUCGCCCUCUGGCAGGAUCGCAGAGACAGCGCCAUCUCUGUCUUACGCACCAAAGACAAGUUUUGGGAGAAUUUGACAACGCCUCUUUUUGGAACCCUCACCCCUCCUUCAGACACCACAGAGCCUUGCGUUUUGGAAACCUGUGCUUUUGUCAUGAAAAUCAUCGCCCUGGAGAUCUACUAUGUUGUCAGCGGUUCCUUGGAGCAAUCUCUGAAGGACGGGCUUCAGAAGUUCUCCAAUGCCCGACGCUAUGAAUACUGGUCCCAGUAUGUCAAAUCUCUGGUGUGCCACGUGGCAGAGAUGGAGGAGGAAGGCAUCUGUUACUUCCCAGAGACCCAGAUGUUGAUCUCUGCUUGGCGGAUGUUGAUGAUUCUUUCCACUACUCAUUCUGAAGUGAUGCAGCUAACAGAAGACUCGACCAAGCUGAAGCUCUUCAUGGACGUCCUGGAUGGGACUAAAGCGACUUUGACCACUCCCAUGUCUGUGCCUUGUCUUCGCCUUGGAUCCAUGAUGGCCACUCUUCUACUCAUCCUCCUCAAACAGUGGAAAAGCGUGGUAGCAGCAGCUCCUGACAUCCUGUCUCCACUGUCCCUGAUGCUGGAGAGCGUCCUGCAAGCUGACCAGCAGAUGAUGGAGAGGACCAAAGCCAAAAUCUUCUCUGCACUCAUUUCUGUGCUGCAGAUUCAAGGACUCAACGGUGGAGAUAUUUCCCAACUGCCCCAGCUGUUGCUAUCUGUGUGUGAGACGGUGAAAGAUGAGGCUUUGGCGCUCAUUGACAACACUCGCCACAUGAGCCAGAUGACAGACACAGUGGAGGACGAGGACAGCAUGGAGACGGACUCUCCUCGAGGCUUACAGAAAGACCAGAGAGACGGGGUGUGUGUGCUGGCUCUCCACUUAGCGAAGGAGCUGUGUCGCACCGAUGAGGACGGUGAACACUGGGUAUCAGUGAUGAGGAAGGUUCCGGUCCUCCCCUCGGUGCUCAACGCUGUGGAGCUCAGCCUGCGCUCCAAACACAACCUCUACUUCACCGAGGCUGCGCUCCACCUGCUGCUCACACUGGCCCGCACUCCUCAGGGGGCAGCAGCUGUUGCAGGAGCAGGAGUUAUUCAGACUAUCUGCCUUCCUCUUCUGAGUGUAUAUGAGGUCUCUUCGAAUGGGGCGUCACAGAGUUUCUCCCGUAAGUCCCAGGACUCUGCCUGUUGGCCGGGUGUGUAUCGCCUCUGCAUGUCUUUAAUGGAGAGUCUGCUCAAGACUCUGCGCUACAACUUCAUCAAUGAAGCCCUGGACUUUGUUGGAGUACAUCAAGAACGAAUACUACAGUGUCUGAAUGCAGUACGAACAGUCCAGAGUCUGGCCUGUUUGGAUGAGGCUGAUCACACAGUCGGUUUCCUGCUGCAGCUCUCGAGCUUCUGCAAAGAGUGGCAGUUUCACCUCCCCAAACUGCUCAGAGACGUACAGAUAAACCUGUGUUAUCUGUGCCAGACCUGCACCUAUCUGCUCCACAGCAAGAAGAUGCUCCAUCACUACCUCCAGGCUAAAAACGGUGAGAGCCUGCCCCCCGGCCCCCUCCCCAGGACACAGCGGCCGCCCCAGACGCUGAAUAAAGAGGCAGCAGGUGGAGGGGAGAGGGAGGAGGCCGAGCAGAAGGCCCUGCUGGCUGUGCAGUGCAGUUUGCUAAAGAUCCUCAGUAAAACCCUGGCAACCCUGCAGCACUUCACUCCAGAUUGCUGCCAGAUACUCCUGGACCAGUGUAUGGACUUGGCUGAGUACAGGACCCUGUUUGUGCUCAGCUUCACGACUCCAGCGUUUGACCCCGAUGUGGCUCCUUCAUUUGGGACCCUGCUGGCCACCAUCAACGUGGCCCUGAGCAUGUUGAGCGAGAUGGAGAAGAAGAAGGAGCCAGUUUCUUUGAGCAUAGUUUCACUGGCUUCAUCAGAGGAGAUCCAGGCACUGAAGUCCUUGCUGAUGUUCACCAUGGAGAACUGUUUCUAUGUGCUGAUCUCUCAGGCCGCUCGGUGUCUCAAAGAUCCAUCCAUCCUCCCUCGAGACAAACAGAGGCUCAAACAAGAGCUCAGCUCAGAACUGAGCACUCUUCUUUCAAGCCUUUCCCGCCACUUCCGGAGGGGCUCUCCAUCAUCUCCAGCCAGCGGCAUCCUCCCCUCCACCCAGUCCAAACCUCCCACACCGGGCUCCAAGGCGAGCCACGAAGGUCAGGAGCCGUUCAUCCAGCUGGUUCAGGCCUUUGUCAGACUUGUGCAGAGAUAGAUGUGAAUUUACAGUACAAGACGCAGAUCUCAAACAUGGCUAGUUUUUUUUCCCUCCACAGUACAAUUACUGUUGUACUACAAAGCCAACAUCAGAGAAAAAUGUCUAUUUCUGAUGUUUUGCCUAAUUUUGCAGUACACAGCAACUGUAACUGUUCAAGUCGCACAAACCUGGAAUUAGUGUUUAUUCUGAUGAUGUUAAAUACAGAAUUUUGCCAAAACUGUUCUAACUGAACUUGACCACAACCAAAGUGUUCACUUUUAAAGGUCAAUGUGAAAACAAGUUUAUUAGUAUGAAGAAAUCUGAGUGUGUAGAGAUCUUGGUGCUACAAACAUCAGUCACUGACUGUGGUCCAUUUUUCAGAGGCCUAGUUUUAUAGGUCACCAUGACAACAUAUGACCGGACACGUUUCAAGUGCUACUUAUAAGACCUUUUUAUGUAUAACUAAAUGUAGUAGAAGAGCUUCUCCUGUAAAACAGUUUUUUCUAAAUCUCUUCAUUUUCACAAUGUCUUGAACUUUGCUAUUUUCUAAUUUGUGCUUCUCCGUGUGGGGUUUUGAAGUGGCUGCCACCAUUUGUACUUAAAAAAAAAAAGUAUAUGCUAAUAAAGGGACUUUUGUACCACAA